AUGCACUCCGUACCGAAACGGCGAUCCAUCACAUUUACGGGUUGCUGGACUUGCAAAGCACGAAAGAUUCGGUGCGAUGAGCGACCGUCAGGAUGCCAGAACUGCGAACUGAGAGGCAGCGUAUGCGGUGGCUACGACAUCAAGCUCAAGUGGAUGACAGAACCCGUUGUGGAGCCCGAGACGCCCUCUAAACACAGCGGCCAAGGCCGAAGAAGAAUUGGAAAUGAUCGUGGUAAUAGUCAUCGAUAUCACAUGGGGCAAAUCAAGCGUUUCCUCCUGGACCUCGACAAUGAUGUCGCCCUAGGUGUUGCGUCUGCACAAGGCCCCUUCUCUACCUUCCCGGGUCUCGUCAGAGAACCUGAGCACGCAAAUGUGUCACUAGUACCCCCUCGGGUCCUCUCAGUGGUGCUGGAGAGCCAACAAGAGAGUCCGCUCCCUGCGUACUCUGAUGAGUCCCCCGUUCCCUUGAACCAAGACCCUUUGGAGGAGAGCGUAUCUGAAACUACCGCUUCUACAACGUCCUCCUCACCACGGUCCAGCAACCCUCACAGUCCAACUGGAGACGCUGCCGCCGCUACAAAUCUUGUGGGGCAUCCCUUGGAAUGUCUUCCGUUGCUGCAGCAUGUUCGAUUCACCUUUUCACACGACAAUGAAGUUGACCUCUUGAUACAUCAUUACGGGCUGCAUGUCGCAGACCUUCUGCAGCCUAUUGUCCAUACCAACAACCCUUACCGUGAACUUUACUUUCCUUCCGCACUCGAAGGAGCCAAGUCGCACGCAUCAGGAGGGACGGAAGCUAUUGAUGUGGUUCAGACAGCGCUCUACCAUUCAAUAAUAGCUUCAGCUGCCUUCCACCGAUGGAACUGCAACAAAGCUUCCGAUAAGUACAAGCAGAUGGGUGCCCAUCAUAGAUACCAUGCUAUUUGCCUCUUGAGAUCUUCCGUUGCAUCCCACGCACCAAGACCUCUUUACAGGCUGAUACUAAUGGCUGUGCUGUCACUCAUUACCAUUGGAGUCAUCUCCGGAGCUGGCGAUGAUUACGUUGUGCACCUCGGGGCAACCAAGGAAUUGCGGAGGUCUCGCAGCCGGUGGACAGUCCUUGGUGCAGCUACACGACAGCUCCAUGAAAUCGCUGCCUUUCUAGGUCUCAUGGCUCGAACAACAUCCUUUCGGAACUCUUCAACACUAUGGACCGCUUCCGAGACCGAAGACAAGCCCUCCAAGGAUCUUGCGAUAGAGUCUGCAUCCUGCUAUGAGUACAUGUAUGGCAUCUCACCAGCCAUUGCAGCAGCUAUCCAAGACACAUGUCGAUAUGCGGAGCAAUUGGCUUGGUACCGCGGCCAGGAACAAAAGCACCCUCCAGAGGAUCUCCUUGAAGCCUGCGAAGCGCUAGGGGAACGGCUGCUCUCGUGGAGCUCCGCAGAUGGCGAACUAGCCUUGGCUCCGGCAGGCGACGAUCUGAUGAGAGAGGUACUGAACCACCAUACAUGUGCUUGGUAUCAUGCCGCUCUCAUAUACUACUAUCGGCGGAUUCAAUGUUUUACUGCUGUUGAUCUUGUCGAGGAAGUAGAUCUUGUACUGGAACACAUGCGCGCCAUGGAAGACUUCAAACUUCGUCCUGAACUCGUGUCGUCGAACAGGAUGGCGCCCAUUACGUGGCCCAUGUUUAUUGCUUCAUGCGAAGCAAAACCUUCGAAACGGCCCUCAUGCAUGGAAUGGUGGGAACAAGUCAAGCAAUACAAUCUUGCCAAUAUCGAUAAGCAAUGGGCCUUGAUCCAGCUUAUCUGGGAGAAGAUGGCGGAGGCGCAGGAUAGGAACGCCGACAACGUCAGUUGGGUGGAUGUGUAUGUUACUUUGGGCGAGGAUAUCAUUGCUGUGUAA